AUGGGUCAAUUAUCCAAGCUUGGGAGCGGUCCGUUUGUCAUCCGAGCCGUCGACAUACCGACCGCCGGCUUUGGCGAGUUGCUUGUGAAAGUCGAAUCUUCCGCCUUAAACCCCGUAGAUUGGAAGAUCCAAACGCGCGGCAUCUUUAUCACAGAGUAUCCUGCUGUCCUAGGCCUGGAUGCUGCUGGUAUUGUGGUAGGGUUCGGCAGGGGAGUAUCUGGAUUCGCUAUCGGUGACAGAGUGUUUACCGAGGGCGCAUUCGAUAACGCUCAUGCCACCUUCCAGCAAUAUAUUCUUGCUGACGCUGACAUCACAGCCAAGAUUCCGUACAAGCUUUCUUUUGAUGACGCUGCAGCACUCCCAGUGAGCGUGGUGACAGCAGCGCUUGGUCUAUUCAAUCGAGAUGAUCCCGCCAGCAGCGCGGCUCUAUUCCCGCCGUGGGAAAGGGGUGGACGAGGGAAGUAUGCAGGAAAGCCGAUGAUGAUCUUCGGUGGUACUACUUCAGUGGGUCAAAUCGUGAUUCAGUUGACCAAGCUCUCUGGCUUCUCUCCCAUCAUAGUCACUGCGUCUCUUCACAAUGCCAAGCUCCUGAAAUCCUAUGGCGCGACGCACGUCCUCGACCGCAGGCUGUCUGCCUCAGAACUCCGAUCUGCCGUUACCGACAUAACGUCAUUACCUGUCAAGACAGUAUAUGAUGCGGUCGGUUUGCGCGAUACACAGAACGCCGCGUAUGAUAUCCUCGCACCCAGUGGAACCCUCGUAGUCGUCCUCGACGAUGCAGUGGAUCCUUCGAAGAAGACUCCGGAGAAGAAGAUCGUGCGCGCGGAAGGAGACACUUACGCCGUUGAGAACCGCAGGACGAGCGCAAGCCUAUUCGGGCAGCUGACGUCUUUGCUGGAACGGGGUUUGAUCAAGCCGAAUCGUGUUGAGGUAUUGCCUAGUGGGUUGGCGGGGAUCCCUGAAGGGUUAGAGCGGCUCAGUAAUAAUGAGCAUCCACCGGACGCACUGUACACGGUCUUCUUCCACAUCGACUUUCGUAAUUGUUGCGACUAUCCAUGGACCUAG